CGACCCAAAUCUAUAUAUGUGAUGAAGGUCUUGUUCUCUGUUCAGUCUUGACUCUUUUGAUCAUCUCAUAGAAUGUUUUUCAUAUAACUCCACAACCAUAUACCAUCACCAUGGCCUUGGAGUUGAAGAAUUUGCUUAUGCAAGGCCUCAAGUCUUUCAACCAAGUGAAGGUCGCCCACUGCCGCCUCCUCCGCCUCUGCCUCUGCCUCCACCAAGACAACUACCUCGUCAGCCUCGUCUUACGCUCUUCCUUCCACUUCGGCAACACUCACCACCCCAAGCUCCUCUUCGACCAAACCCACAACCCAAACACCUUCCUCUGGAACACCAUGAUUCGCGGCAUGGUCGACAACGACUGUUUCCAUGACGGCAUUCAGCUCUAUCACUCCAUGCACCAACAGGGGUUCUUCCCGGAAAGCUUCACCUUCACUUUUGUACUUAAGGCGUGUGCCAGGCUCUGUCAUUUCCAUUUGGGUCAUACCCUUCAUUCGCUUGUUGUCAAAACUGGCUUUGUUGGUGACGUGUUUGUGGAGACUGGGCUUCUUGGGUUCUACUCCAAAUGCGGGCAUUUGAGGGAUGCCCGGAAGGUGUUUGAUGAUAUUCCUGAGAAAAAUGUUGCGUCUUGGACUGCUCUCAUUUGUGGGUACAGUGAGUCUGGCUUGUGUGAAGAGGCUGUUGAUUUGUUUAGAGGGUUAUUGGAGAUGGGUUUGAGGCCUGAUAGCGCUAACCUUGUUCAUGUUUUGGGUGCAUGUGCAAGGUUAGGGGAUUUGGGAAGUGGACGGUGGAUAGAUAGGUAUAUGAGUGAGAGUGGUUUGCAUAGGAAUGUCUUUGUGGGGACCACUUUGGUGAAUAUGUAUGCAAAGUGUGGGAGCAUGGAGGAAGCACGUCGUGUGUUUGAUGGGAUGCUUGAGAGGGAUGUUGUUUGUUGGAGUGCCAUGAUUCAGGGUUAUGCGUCUAACGGGCUUCCGAGAGAAGCACUUCAGUUGUUCUUUGAGAUGCAGAAGGAAAAUCUAAGACCCGAUUGCUUUGCCAUGGUGGGGGUUCUGUCUGCAUGUGCAAGGUUGGGAGCGCUACAGUUGGGUAAUAGGGCUAAGGGUUUGAUGGACGCUGAGGAGUUUUUGUCUAAUCCCGUGUUGGGUACUGCCUUGAUUGACUUGUAUGCGAAAUGUGGAAGCAUGGCACAGGCAUUGGGGGUUUUCAAGAUGAUGCAGAGAAAAGAUCGUGUGGUCUUCAAUGCUGUUAUUUCUGGACUGGCUAUGUAUGGACAUGUUGGAGCUGCAUUUGGAGUAUUUGGCCAAAUGGAAAAGCUUGGAAUUCAGCCAGAUGAGAAUACUUUUCUUGGUUUGCUUUGUGGAUGUACUCAUGCUGGUUUGGUUGGUGAUGGUCGCCGUUAUUUUAAUAGCAUGAGUUAUGUCUUUUCAGUAACUCCUACGAUUGAGCACUAUGGAUGCAUGGUGGAUCUCCUGGCGCGUGCAGGUUUGUUGGUUGAAGCACAUCAUUUGAUCAAGAGUAUGCCCAUGAAGGCUAAUGCUAUUGUUUGGGGGGCAUUGUUGGGAGGAUGUAGAUUACAUCAGGGUACCCAAUUGGCCGAACAUGCGUUGAAGCAGCUCAUUGAGUUGGAACCAUGGAAUUCAGGACAUUAUGUUCUCUUAGCAAAUAUAUAUUCAGCUAGUCGUAGAUGGGAUGAAGCUGAAAAAAUCAGGUCAACUUUGAAUGAGAAAGGAAUGAAAAAAUUACCUGGGUAUAGUUGGGUUGAAAUUGAUGGGGUCAUUCAUGAAUUCCUUGUAGGAGACACAUCCCAUCCUUUUGCACACAAGAUAUAUGAAAAACUUGAAAGUUUAUUUAAGGACAUUAGGGAAAUUGGUUAUAAUCCGACCACUGAGUUUGUGCUCUUUGAUAUAGAGGAGGAGGAGAAGGAGCACUUCCUUGGAUGUCAUAGUGAGAAGUUAGCUGUUGCAUUUGCACUGAUCAAUACCAGUGCCAAAGAUGUGAUUCGUGUUGUUAAAAAUCUUCGUGUAUGUGGUGAUUGCCAUGAGGCUAUUAAACUCAUUUCAAAAGUUACAGGUAGAGCGAUCACCAUUAGGGAUAAUAACAGAUUCCAUUAUUUCAGUGAAGGUUCAUGUUCUUGUCGAGAUUAUUGGUGAAAUAUUCAUGGAUUCUGGGGUUUAAAGUUUAAACUCUUUGUUUGCCUUCAAAAGUGUUAGACUUCAGAUUCUGUCUUGUGUAUGUUAAAAUGGAAUUUAAUAUUCUCUUCAAUCCUUUACAAGUAUUCUGAAAGGGGAGAAAUGAAAUCUAUGACAUCUUGCACCUGACUUGAAUACACUGGAGAUUGGAAAUAGUUUUGACUUUUGAUGCAAUCAGAUGGAUAAAUGGGCACUUGUUAAGUGCACCUGCAUACCUUCUGUCACAGUUUCUUCCAUCCCUCAAUUUGAAGCAGCAAUUUGGGUUGAAAUGUGAACUUGAAAGUUGCUGUCAUCUUGGAGAAUGCAAAUACGAAAAUGUGAAAUAUUCUACUGAGGUAGAACUUUUGUUUCAACACAUAAUGAUCAAAACUAAGCUGGGUUCUUUUGUAGAUUAUUUAAUCUGCCCUUUCCGUUUCUUCGUCAACGUCCCCGCAUUCAGAAGACAUGGAGCCUGGCGUCAAGAAGAGAGAGAAUCCCGAUCCAGAUUUACCCAAGGCGAUCUCCACCGUCGCCACCAUCUUGAGAUGACUGGAUUGCCGACUACCAGUGUUCGUCCCAAAAUGCUUUCGCAUUCGUCUAGGGUUUACCCAUGGCUGAUUGGUGUGAUUACCUUCGAGACUCGCAUGACAUUGCUCAGAUUGUCAAGGAGCAAGGCGGACAGUCACGGUACCAGCAUAAUAUGGAAGUGGUUUGGUUACUGAUUUUCCUAGAGGCCUGCAAAGGGUGUGUUCUGUCCAAUGUUAUCAUUUUUCUUCUUUCAUGUUAUCGUUUUAUGCUGCAGGAGAGUGUAAGUUCUAUUGCUAGAAAUGCAUCUGAAGGAAAUAUAGACAAGAUGAAGUUAAACCAUUAA